AUGAAUGCCACGAAGUUUGUUGUACUUUUGAUCUUUAUUGGAGUUGUGUGUGCCAAUGUUGGCGCUAGGCAGCUCCAAGAAGUGUCCAAAGAGACAAAACUAGGCAUCAAUACUCCCAAGAGAACCACUGUCAAUGGCCUUGGAGCUGAGCUUGACGUUUAUGCUUAUACUGAUGCCUCCAAUCAAGAAUAUUCGGAUUCCAGUGCUGCUGCGGGUCCUGGAGGUCCCAGCGCUAAUGGAUCUGGAAGUGUCUAUAAAUAUACAUAUGGAUCUGUCUCUGCACAAGGUCCCAACGCAAGCGCUUCUUCUGGUAGUGGCGCUAACGGUAGUGCCACUUCUGGUGCUGCAGCGGGUCCCAAUGGUGCUGCGGGUAAUGGAACUGCUAACGGAAGUGCAGGCAGCGGUGUAUAUGGCAACACCCCCACCAGCCCUUGA